UAAAUCUGUGAAAAUGGAAGGGCUAACGAUGAAUGCCAGUUGCAAUCGCGCGACUCAACUCGCACGUGAAAAAGAGGAAAAACGUACAGUGGAGAGAAAACGCAAUAUAUUAUACUUGAUUGCCGAAUACUUACGAGAACAUGGAUUUACCGACGCAUGCGACGUAUUCGUAAAGGAAGCUCAUCUACCCACUGACACCGAAGUGUGCGAUAACAUUGACUUGGAAACAAUAUUGCUAGAAUAUUCCGAGUAUUAUUUUUCAAAAUUUAACAAGUACCCGAAGAUUUGUAAAAAGGGCGAGGCUUCUUUCGCUAGUUCAACGCCAAAUGCGAAAAAGGAACGGAACUCCAAGCCUACAGGAAAGAAUCGCAAAUGGGAAGAAGAGAGCAUUUCUACAAAUUUAUCUGAAAAGAAAAUAAGUAAGAAUAAUCAGCAAGCGAAUUUAGAGCCGUCCUUCGAUGUAUGCGUGACGCCACUGUUCGCCGACAAAAGCGUCGAUGAUAAUAAAAAUACUAGCAAAACUAUGGAAAUGGGCCUGAGUAAACGAUUUUUAAAACCACUCAGCGGUCUUUACCCAUCAGGAUGUGAGUGGCGAGAAAUAGCAGAAAUUAUAGCGAAGGAAAUUGUCUUAAGCGACUUAAAUGUUCAUUGGGCUGAUGUUAAAGGAUUGGAAGACUGCAAAGGGUUGAUUAAAGAAGCUGCAAUUUAUCCAUUUAAGUAUCCAUGCAUGUUUAAUGAAAAAUUGACACCUUGGAAGGGUGUCUUGCUCUAUGGACCUCCUGGAACAGGCAAAACAAUGUUGGCUAAAGCUGUAGCCACGGAAUGUAAAACCACAUUUUUUAAUAUUACAUCUAGUUCUCUCAUCAGUAAAUGGAGAGGAGAAAGCGAAAAAUACGUAAGAGUACUUUCGGAUUUAGCAAAGUAUUAUGCGCCUUCGAUCAUUUUCAUAGAUGAAGUUGAUUGGACAGUCGGAGGAGGCACUGGUAAUUCUUCUGAUAACAAAUCAGAGCCUAGCAAAAGAUUCAGAGCUGAACUUUUAGCUCGUUUAGACGGGCUAUUGUCCAUGGAAAAUGCCAACGUUUUAUUACUAGCUGCUACAAAUGUUCCAUGGGAACUUGAUCCUGCUCUUUUGAGACGACUAGAAAAACGUAUUUACGUAGGUUUGCCAGAAAGAAGUGCAAGAGAUGAUAUAUUUCAAAUUUAUCUCAAACCUGAGUUAUUAAAAAAAUCACAAUAUGAAGCAAUAUUGGAAGAAACCCAUGGAUACUCGUGUGCAGAACUAAAACUACUAUGCAAAGAAGCUUGGAUGAUGCAACUUCGCCCUGUGUGGAAUUAUUUGGAAAGUGAGAAUUUGUCCUUGAAGCAAUAUAAAAAUGAUGAUGGUAUUAAUGAUUUAGCCUAUUUGGCAAAAGCAAUGAAAAUAAUUAAGCCCAUUUCACCAAGUAUUCAGUCAAAAUAUGAAUCUUGGAACAAAACUUAUGGUACACCAAUAAGUAAUUCUAAUGCUAAAGAAACUUCAAGUUGUUUAAGUGUUAAUAGUUCCAGAAUAGGCAUUGUGGAAUGA